AUGUUUCAAGAUACAGGAGCAACAAUUCUAGGUACAUCACCAAAGAACACAGAUAUUGCUGAAAGAUUCAAAAAGGCAGAGGUGUUUGAACACAACGAAGACGAGUUGUAUCCACCAUUGGAUCAUCAUGCACGUUUCGCUCCACCCUUGGAGGAAGCACAACUCAAGGCAUUGGGUAUGCUACCGGACGAGAUUCAAGCAUUCCGCAAACAACGUGACAUGUAUAUCAAUAAGGACAAGAUCUUGAAGGAUCAAAUCAAGAUUCCCAACAAAUCGUCGUUGGUCGACUACAAUCAGUUGCAUGUGCUCUCGCCGAUCGACCCAGCCAACGCCGUCCGUCUUCUCAACAAGCUGGUCGUCGUCAAGUUGAACGGUGGUCUCGGUACUCGUAUGGGUUGCAAAGGUGCCAAGUCAUCGAUUGAAGUGGCACCCGGUAUCACUUUCCUCGAUAUGGCAGUGGCUCACAUCGAGCAGAUCAAUCAGGACUACAAUGUCGACGUUCCAUUGGUGUUGAUGAAUUCAUUCAAGACCGAUCAACAGACAAACAAGAUCAUCGAAAAGUACAAAUCACACAGAGUCACCGUAAAGACAUUCGUUCAAUCAAAGUUCCCAAAGAUGUACAAAGACACUUUGAAUGUCGUACCGAAAGCAUCGUCGUCCAGCGAGAAGGAUUGGUAUCCACCAGGUAGCGGUGAUCUCUUUAGAAGUCUCCAGCGUAGUGGACUCCUCGAUGAGUUCUUGGCACAAGGAAAAGAAUACAUUUUUAUAUCAAACGUUGAGAAUCUUGGUUCGAUCAUUGAUGUUCAGGUGCUUAAUCAUAUGCAAAUGGGUAAGAUUGAAUUUGGACUUGAAGUAACUCAUCGUAUUAGUACCGAUGUCACUGGUGGUAUUUUGAUGUCCUACCAAGACAGACUUCAUUUGUUAGAGCUCUCACAAGUCAAGCAUGAGAAGCUCAAGAAUUUCAAGGAUUUCAAAUUCUGGAACACAAAUAAUAUUUGGGUAAAUCUCAAAUCAGUCAGUGAAUUGAUAAAGAAUGACAAACUAGUUUUAGAUUGGAUUGUUUCAUAUCAAAAUGAAAAUCAUAAUACAUUGGUACAAUUGGAAACACCAGCAGGUAUGGGUAUUCAAAACUUUGCCAAUUCGAUCGCCAUUUUGGUACCAAGAGACAGAUACAGACCUAUCAAAUCAACUAGUCAGUUGUUGAUCUCACAAUCCAAUCUAUUCCAGUUUGAUCACGGUCAGAUGGUCAUGAAUCCAAAGCGUGAAUCUGGUGAUGUACCAUUAGUUAAGCUCGGUGAAGAGUUUGCCUCCGUUGCCGAGUAUGAAAAGAGAUUCAAAUCUAUCCCAGAUCUCUUGGAGUUGGACCAUCUCACUGUAUCUGGUGACGUUCAUUUCGGAACGAACACUACUCUCAAAGGUACCGUCAUUAUCGUCGCUAACCAUGGUGAGCGUGUAGAUAUUCCAGAUGGUGUAACACUAGAAAACAAAAUCCUUUCUGGUACUCUCAGAAUCUUAGAUCAUUAA